ACCAGUUGAGGGAGGCUGUGCGUGUGUGCUCGACGCGCCGCUGCACCAACAGGUACUGAAGCAACACUAAGGUGAUGAGCUGAGUGCGAAGCAACCAUCAAGUGGCGGUGUUAGCUCAGCUGGACGGAAGACACUGACGCAGUUGAAGUGGACGUAAACACACUGGAAAGUCAUUUGGUUUUAUUGACGCUGCCGAUUGAAAAGUUGGCGAAGUUGGCAUUACUGACGUAGUCGAAGGGAAAGUUGGCGAAGUUGGCGUUACUGACGUAGCCGAAGGGAAAGUUGGCGAAGACGUUGGCGUUUCUGACGUGAUCGAAGAGAAAAGUUGACGUAGUUUGCAGUGAUGGGGAUACACGAGGGUGAGCUGGUGCUGGUGGUGACGGUGCUGGCAGCCACAGUUGCUGUUCUUACUUCUGACCAGUCGCAGCAGGAAGUGCCGGAGGUGAGCGAGGAGGUGCAGUGGUCGGAGGCUCUGGUGGAAGUGAAUCUGAUGCCCAGCCAUGCCCACUCUGACGCCUUCGGACAUGCCCACAUCAGAGGCAACUCCCCCAACAGCUUCCUGAAGGUCACCAUGGAGAACAGUCACUAUCACCUCACCCUCACACCUACUAAAUGGCUGGUCGCCUCUGGGGCGACCAUGACACGUGUGGGUGUAGGCGGUGUUGCGGACGUGGGCGGAAGCGUGGGCAGAGAGUACCUGCCUUUGGAGCCCCGCCCGUGCUUGUACCAAGCCCACCCUGAGGACAUGGGCGGCCAGGCGACAACAGGCACUGUCUCCCUCUGUCACAGUGACGGACCGAGAGUGAUGCUGAUGACUGCUGACGAGAUGACGGAGUUGUUACCCCUGCAGUACGGCGGAGGGGCGGGUGCUGACCAGCCCACCACCUCUAAGAGAGUGGGCGGCACCCACGCACCACUCAACACCCACGUUGUCAAGCGCCACCCACUGCCGGCUGUCAUGGACCAAGACUGCCAGAGUCAUUCGAGCUGCCUCCGGACCCCCAGUGUUCCGACACCCACUGAACUGCCCGACCUCAGCCAGGUCCUGGUGGAUCCCUCAGAGCAGGAGGUGAAACGGGUGGCGGGGGAGACGGCCGAGGUUGAGCCUCUAUCAGUGGAGUUGGGACUCUUCCUGGACAAAGCUCUGCUCGACCUGUUCUCAGAGUACCUACCUUCCCAGCAGGAGCUCAUCGACCUCGUCCUCGGUCUCGUCAACAACGUGCAGGCACUGUACCGUCACCAGUCACUGGGACGCCAGGUGAACUUUACCAUUACUCACCUGCGCCUGCUAGACACCCAGCCGAAGGACCUGCCCACCCACAAAGGCAACAGGAUCAUGCUUCUGAAGUCCUUCUGUGAGUACAACCAGAGGAACAAUGAUCCUGACGAUACUAGCCCUGACCACUGGGACAUCGGUGUUUACCUCUCUGGUCUCAACUUCUACGUGAGUAAUCCUGACGGAGGGGAAGACGCGGUGACCAUGGGUCUGGCCUACACAGGAGGGGUGUGCAAGCCUCACCUCUCCUGUGUCAUCAACGAGUUUGGUGUGGUCAACUACCGGGGUCGUCCAUACCCGUCUUCGGGAGCACUCAGCUCCUACGUCCUCGCCCAUGAAAUCGGACACAGCCUGGGUCUCCGUCAUGACGGAGUCAGCAACGAGUGUGCCAGAAGCGGGUUUAUUAUGGCAGCUGGCAGAGGCCUGAAGGGUGCCACCACCUGGUCCAGCUGUGCCAGGGAGAAGAUCCUCAAGCAGAAGGGGUCGUGCCUUCUCGAGGGAAGUAUAGGUGCGUGGGGUGAUGGGUGGGUUACCGUGGUUGGGGGCAACGAAAACACCUGGAACCUGACCUCUUAUAGGGGAAUGCCAGGCCAACGCUGGGAUGCCACGGCACAGUGCCAACUCUUCUUGAAGGAUCCACACGCAGGUCUAGCUGAUGUACUGGCCAUUAAGGAAAUCUGCACUAGCGUCACCUGUGUCUCCCCUAACCGCAUCUCCUCUUACCUGGCGGGCCCAGCGCUGGAGACUACCCACUGCGGGGGCAAGAAUUGGUGUCGCGGGGGAGUCUGCGUCCCCUGGGGCGCUGAUGGACCCCAGGAGGUGGUGGCUGGUAGCUGGGGCCCCUGGACCCACGGGGAGUGCACGUCAGGAUGCGUCGAGGGAGGCACAGGUUAUCAAGUAUCUCACCGUUGGUGCGAUUCUCCACCUGCCAAAAACUCUGUAGAAGGUUGUGUAGGCUCCCAAGUGCGGGUGUCACUGUGUCCUGACGAAGAGGUGUGUGGAACAACUCCCAGGAGGACUGUCAAUGAACUGGCCAGUCAACUCUGUCAAGUGGUGGCAGCUCUGAAGACUGAUGUUGACGGUAUCGGCCGUCAGUUAUCCCACAGCUCAGACGUGGUGUGGCAGUCAUGUGCCUUGUACUGCCAGAAGAAGAACAGUACUGACUUGUGGACGCCCAGGUAUGAGUUUAAGGACUUACCUCACGUAGCAACUCACCUGCCAGAUGGAACACCAUGCAAUCUUGAUCAGUAUGUGUGCUUCAACCGUGAGUGUGUGCCCAAGGAGGCAGUGAUGCAGGCGAGACAUGCUAGGGGGGUAAAGGAAAUGCCCUAGAGAGGGGCAGGGUGGUGCCCCUGGAGAGGGGCGUCGUGGAAACUGAGUCGCCUUACGACUACGACCCCAUCGACAUGGACGAUCUCUUCUCCUGAGGUUCCCUGCUCUGUCAUCUUACUAGAUCCUCUCUCUCUCUCUCUCUCUCUCUGUCUCUCUCUCUGUCCGUGAUUCUCUCCUUUACUUUCUUCCUUCUUGUUUUUAUCUUUUCUCUCUUUCCUUUAACUUUUUAUUGGCCAAAUUUCUCUGUUCCUCUUUCUUUCCCUUCCUUUUUACGUAUUUCUCUCUGACUGUCUUUGUUUUCUUAUCUUCCUGGAUUUCUCUCUUUCUUCCUUCAUUUUCUUAUCUCCUUGGCCUUGUAGUUUCCUGGUCCCACUGAUUUCUCUCACAGUCUUUCUACCUUGCUUCCCCCUCCUUUUCGAAUAUUUCUGGUUGUUCACUUCUUCUCCUCUAUUCUUUUUUAACACCUCUCCUUUGCCAUUCUCCCUUGGAACCCUCUUCAACCCCCCUUCCUUUGUUCUUUGUCACUUUUAUCCUUUGUCCUUCUCCUUUGUUUUAUUCCCAGUGCCUAUUUCUCUUUUCUUUCUUCCUAUCCUGCCUCUUCGUUAUUCUUUAUCGGCUCAUUUAGAGCUUACUGACCUGUUUUCUUCUUUCUGUUUCCUUUCUCUUCUGUUCUUACCCUUUCCAUGAGCGAAUAAGAUUCGCAGGUGGAGAAAAUUUAAAAAAAAAGAAGAUAGUGCAAGAAUGGAUAAACGAAUAUAAAAAUAGAAGCGAAGGAGGAAGAGGAAAACAUGAUGUCAAACAUUACGAGUUCUGAGAGAAAACAAACACUGGAGAAAGUGAAUAAUGAAAAGCGUGAAUAGAAAGCGAGGUGCAGCAAAACACGCCAUUAAUAGGCCACCGUUUAGCUCUGUGUAGACCUUUUGUCAAGUUGUAACUUGGAAAAAAGCUCUCUUGAGGGCGAAACGUCGUCACAGUAACAGCAUGUUGUUAAGCUUCAUUUCCAUGUCCGAAUUUCAGCCAGGAUGAACAAGGGACUAUGGUGGGGGGAAAAAACAUUUCGAGCCAAAAAAAUGUAAAUAAUGACCGUCAUUUGUUUUCCUCCGGGAGAGUUUGUAAACAACAUUGUGGCUGUGAUGUGUUGAAGCUGAGCACACCUGGCCACACCUGGCCACCUGG